AUGGCACUGCCCGCAUCUGCAGCGUCCGCUAUCUGCAGCUUCCUAACGGGUCUGGACGCCAUCUCGCUGUCCCACACGAGCUCCUUCUGGCUUCAACACCUCAGCGUUUCUUCCUACUGGCAACCAAAGCUCCCUACUCUCGCUGACCCGCUGCACGCCGCCGCGUACAAGGCCUUAUUCCUUCGCAGUCGAUCGCUGGGCUUCAAAGACACGAGCUUCAGCUUCGACGUCUGGUUCGCCCUGCUACCGGAGCAGCCUGACGGAGCGUACACGGGCGGUAUCCUCUACGGCCUCCAGUCGGUGCACGCCGAGAGCCGCGUGUGGCCAAAAUUCCACCAGCAGUUCGUAGUAAUAAGCGCCUUAGGCGACUUAUUCUGCUCUGUACUCGACUAUCGCCCCGUGGUCAAGAGCAACCUCCAACUUCGAUCUGACACAGGAACGUUGCACCGAGAGAUGGACUUCCUUAAGUACGAACAAGUUGGAACGGGGUGCAUUACAGCCAAUGGGCUUCACUUCCCCAAGCCAGGACACUUGGGAUGGUAUGGCUUUCAUGGGGUUAUAGACGACUUUCGAUCGACUUGCCAUUACGAGACCGGAACAAUUACCAGCAGAUGCAGUCGAGUUGCUGUGCAGCUACCUUGA